CCCACAUACUCCUACGCUUCGCUCAUAGCGCAGGCGAUCAACGCGACAGACGACAAAAAAGUGACGCUCAACGGCAUCUACACGUUCAUAAUGGAUCACUACCCGUACUACCAGCACGCACAGAACGGCUGGCAGAACUCGAUACGCCACAACCUUUCACUGAACAAGGCAUUCGUGCGCGUACAGCGCGCCAGCAAUGAGCCGGGAAGGGGU